AUGGUAGUCUUCACCUGUGAUCGCUGCAAUGAGUCUCUCAAGAAGCCUAAAGUUCAAUACCAUGGUUGUCGACAGACAACGUUCACUUGUGUCGAUUGUUUCGUGACCUUUACUUGGGAGAAUUUUAAUAUUCACAACAAGUGCAUCACUGAGCAGCAACGUUAUGGAGGAGCGAAUUUUGUGGCCAAGGACAAUAAGGUAGGGUUUGGAAAUGUUUGGGUAUAAAAAUUAGAGAUUUUGGAUAGUAUUAGCCUUGUAAAUGACGUCUUUAAUAACAAUAUCUUUAAAAAAAUAUUGUUCAGGGCGAACAAAAACAAAUGAAAUGGGCUGAACAAGUUGGAGCAGCGGCCGAAUUCGCUACUGGAAUGACGAAAAAGCGAUUGGAGAAGAUGUCAGGUCAAGACAAUGUGCCAAGGAAACGAAAACCCUUCAUCAACUUUGCUCAAAACAACUGUGGAAUCAAGGCAUUUGAGGCUGAAAAGCUGUGGGAUGAGCUUCAGGUAAGAAUAUUUUGUUAUGUUACUGACUGGUUGGGUAUGGUGAAUAUUUGGGUAUACAAUAGCUUAUUGACUAUUCUUGGGACUGGUUUAUAAAAUUGUUAUUACAGGAAGCUUUGGCCAAACUGGAGGCUAAAAAUAAAGUAGCAGAAGAACCGAAGUCAGAAAUCAAAGAAGAAACAGAUGUCGGAGAUGUCAAUGAUGAAAGUGGCCAAACUGAGGUAUGUUUUUAAUUAGAGUUGAAAAAUUAUUACUGUAGUAACUAGUUUGGUCAAAAAGUUUAUAGAAUUUACUUUCAUACACCAUUUUCUUUUCUCCUCACAAGUGGGACAUUUUUACUUGUUUUUCUUUAAAAUUUUGUUAUUUUAGGUAACAGAAACGAAGGAAUCAAAAAAAGAAAAGAAGAGAAAACAAGAAGAAGCAGAAGAAGUGAAUGUUCAAGAUGAAACGAUACCAGAACUGACUGAAAAGAAGAAGAAAAAGAAGAAACAACGAGAAAACGAGAAUGCAAAUGAAACUGAUAAGACCGAAUUAGAUGAAAAUUCACAGAUAAUGGAAGUAGAUGAAGAAGAAAAUGGUCUGAGUGAAAAGAAACUGAAAAAGAAAAGGAAAAGAGAACAAGAAGAACAAGUGGAAGAUCAUCAAAGAAAAAGCAAGAAGGAGAAGAAAAAGAAUAGAAAACAACAAGAGGAAGUGGUAGAACAGGUAGAUGAGAAUGGAAAAGUGGAAGAAGUAGAUGUGGCUGAAGAACAAGAAGAACAGAAUGAAAGAAAGAGCAAGAAGGAUAAGAAAAAGAAGAGAAAACGACAAGAAGAUGAAGAAGUGCAAGAAGGUCAGAAUGGCAAGGAGGAAGAGGAAGAAGAAAAAGUAAAUAAAAGUGAAAAGAAGUCGAAGAAAAGGAAAAUGAAAGAACAAGAAGAUGAAACAGAACAAGAAACAGAACAAGAACCAGCCGAAAAGAAGAAGAAGAAAAAGAAUAAGCAGAAACACCAAGAAGAUGGUGACGAACAACAACAAAAUGGCCGAAAUGAACAGUCAAUGGAAGAUGAAGAAGACCAAAAGGAACAAAAUGGAGUAAAAAAGCAUUUAAAUGGAAGCUCACAUAAUAAAGACCUGGAAAAAGGAUGGUCGACCAGGAUCGCGGCCAUAACCAAUUCCGAUUCGAAACGAAACAAGUUCGAGAAGUUAUUGGGCAUGCACAAGAAUGGCAAUAAGCCAAUCCAAGUGGACAAAACUGAAGUGAAGAAGCUGAAGGACGAAUAUAAGGAAAUGAAGGACAACAUGGGCAAACAGUACGAUCGAGGACAGAAGUUUACCCAUAAAGUCAAGGGAAAGGGAUUGUGA